CCUCGUGUAGCGGCGAGCAGCGGUGCUAGUCUGGGCCGCUGUUGGUGAGCUUGGUUGGCGGCGGUGCGGGAUCCCCAAAAGUGGCAGCGGGAACUGAGGGCUGAGCCUUGGCACGGGGCCCUAGAAGCUGGCGUCUAUUCUCCCCUGCGCGUUGAUUUGGGGCGGGGUCACACCUGCAGACUCGCGGCUGUGGCUGUCCCCGGCUCUGAGGGCGGGCGGCACUUCCGCCCGGUUAGCCUCGGAGGGCAGAGCCCCGCGUGCUCUAGCCAGCCCGCGUGGUGAACGAGCCCAGCUGCCCUUGCUCCUCCGGAAGCGUUGACUGGACCAAGGUCAUCCCCUGGUCUUCCUGAGCUAGUGCUUAGAGCCCGGUGUGGCGCCCGUGCUGUGUUCUGACGCCAGGUGGUGGGCUUCCCUGAGGAGGACAUCAUGGAAGGGCUACUGACAAGAUGCAGAGCAUUGUGUACCCUGGCCACCUGCAGUCUCCAGCUCUCCAGAUGUGUUCCCCACAGGUGUCACCACUGUGCUCCAGAGAAAGGGCAGCGCCUGGUAUUGUCUAAAAUGUUCCAGCCACAGAACCUUCGGGAAGACCAGAUGCCCAUCCCGGAGGGCAAAUCUGACAGCUUGACCUGUAAGAGCCAGAGAUUGAUGCUGCAGGUGGGCCUGAUCCUCCCAGCCAGCCCCGGCUGUUACCACCUCCUGCCGUACACUGUACGUGCCAUGGAGAAGCUUGUGCGGGUGAUAGACCAGGAGAUGCAGGCCAUUGGGGGACAGAAAGUCAACUUGCCCAGCCUCUGCCCGGCAGAGCUCUGGCAAGCCACCGGCCGCUGGGACCUGAUGGGCAAAGAGCUGCUUAAACUUAGAGACAGGCACGGCAAAGAAUACUGCUUAGGACCGACUCACGAGGAAGCUGUGACAGCCCUGGUUGCCUCCCAGAAAAAACUGUCCUACAAACAGCUCCCCUUCCUGCUCUACCAGGUGACAAGGAAGUUUCGGGAUGAGCCCAGACCCCGCUUUGGUCUUCUCCGUGGCCGGGAAUUCUACAUGAAGGAUAUGUACACCUUUGACUCCUCACCAGAGGCUGCCCAGCACACCUACAGGCUGGUUUGUGAUGCCUACUGCAGCCUAUUUGACAGGCUAGGGCUGCCGUUUCUCAAGGCCCAGGCAGAUGUGGGCAGCAUUGGGGGCAUGCUGUCUCAUGAGUUUCAGCUCCCAGCAGAUGUUGGAGAGGACCAGCUUGCAGUCUGUCCCAGUUGCAACUUCUCAGCCAACAUAGAGCUGCUAGACCCAUCACAAGCAAACUGCCCUACCUGUCAGGGCCCACUGACACAAACCAAAGGCAUCGAGGUGGGGCACACGUUCUACUUGGGUACCAAGUACUCCUCCAUUUUCAAUGCCCAGUUUACCAAUGCCCAUGGCAAACCAUCCCUGGCUGAAAUGGGGUGCUAUGGCUUGGGGGUAACACGGAUCUUGGCUGCUGCCAUUGAAGUGUUUUCUACAGAAGACUGCAUCCGCUGGCCCAGCCUCCUGGCUCCUUACCAAGUCUGCCUCCUCCCCCCUAAGAAGGGCAGCAAGGAGACGGAGGCCACCGAGCUAACUGGGCACCUGUAUGACCACAUCACAGAGGUAGUGCCUCAGCUCCGUGGGGAAGUUGUGCUGGAUGACAGGACCCAUCUGACCAUUGGAAACAGGCUGAAGGAUGCCGACAAGUUGGGCUACCCCUUUGUGAUAAUCACUGGCAAGAGGGCCCUGGAGGACCCCGCACACUUUGAGGUUUGGUGCCAGAACACUGGUGAGGUGGUCUUCCUCACCCAAGAGGGAGUCAUGGAAUUACUGAGGACACAAGUGCAGGUUGUCUGAGGGCCACAGCCCUGCUCCAUCCUACAGCCAACAUGGCCACUUGCACUGCACUUGCUCCCCUACUCUAGGUAUGCCAUUCCUUUUAUAGUCCAUUCUGGAAGCUUCUGUGAGGAGGCCAAGGAGCAUGAAAGAGACUUGAGUCUGGUCUUGGCUCUUGGGUGAAUCAUUUCCCCUCUCAACUAAGUUUCUCUGUACAUAGGAGGGGAAUGUUGAUGGCCAAGGACCAUCUGCUUCUCCCACCCAUUCUAGAGUCUGAGUCUGUGAAGCCUGAGGAAAGCUGGGUGUUGGUAUUUCACAGUAUUCCUAGCUAGUCAGGAGGCUGAG